AUGGGAAAGGCUAAGAAGACGACGAAGGAGACCACGGAAAAAACGGCUGUUAGCGUGGAGACGGCGCCUGCGGCCUCUGAGGCUGGCGGAGAUGUUGCGCACAAGAAGAACACCAUUCCCGUCGCCAAGGGUGUGCCCAAGUCGGGCCGCGUCUGGAAAUCGACCAACAACAAGAGGAGUUCGUCGUUGCUGGUGGGAAAGGCGUACAACAAGACGUGGGAGGCCAAGUCGCAGGAGCGGGAGAAGCUGAAGGUGCUGAAGGCCAAGGAGCGCGCCCUCAAGGAGGACACCCAGCAGAAGAAGGAGCAGGAGAAGAAGGAAGCCGCCGAGCGACGCAAGCGAAAGGAGGAGAACCUCAAGAAGUCCACCGUCGUCCAAAAGAUCACCGACACGAGAAAGCUGAAGAAGAUGAAGCGAAGCCAGUUCAAGCUCCUCGAGAAGCGGUGA